GGCUGUUUCUUGCGCCUACCAAAAGUGUGUGUACUCGCCUUUGUUGACGGGCUAUUGGCUCUUGUCGAUUUGGGUACAUUUUGAGUUUUGAGCCCAAAUAAAAGCCACUUGAGCCACUGACCUUACUGGGUUAUGGAUCAGGCCGACAAGAAAAAGAUCUGGAUUGAAAGCCUUAUUCUUUUUCUAAUCUGGCUUCCCUAAUUCUUACUUCCCCUAAACCCUAUUCCCUGAUCGCUUGCUUGCCAAAUCAAAUAGAACUCAGGCAAUGUUGAUUCGCUACGUUCGCGCGUCCCUCUCCGCCGCACGUUUCUUCUCGGGGCAAGCGACGUCGGCGGCGGAGAAAGCUAUAGCAACUACCGAAGGCGCUGUAAAAAGCGGAGGUGGCAGCCGAGACACGCUGGGAUGGAGGCUUAUAGGCCUCGUGUAUCCAAAACGCAGCGCUGUGGUUACAAUUCGGAAAUGGCAGGAGGAAGGCCGUACGGUACGUAAGUACGAGCUCAAUAGAGUCGUUCGAGAGCUUCGCAAGCUCAAGCGAUAUAAGCACGCCCUCGAGAUAUGUGAAUGGAUGAGAUUGCAGCAAGAUAUCAAGCUGUUACCUGGUGACUAUGCCGUUCACUUGGACUUAAUUGCAAAGGUCCGCGGUUUAGCUAGUGCGGAAAAAUUCUUUGAAGACCUUCCUGACCAGAUGAGAGGUCAAGCCACAUGUACAGCUCUCCUCCACACGUAUGUCCAGAACAAGUUGUUCGCUAAAGCGGAGACUCUGAUGGAGAAAAUGUCAGAAUGUGGUUUUGUGAAGUGUCCGCUUCCUUUCAACCACAUGCUAUCUCUAUACAUCUCAGAAGGGCAACUAGAAAAGGUUCCUGGAAUAGUUCAGGAAUUAAAGAAAAAUACUUCGCCAGAUAUCGUUACUUAUAAUUUAUUGCUAUCUGUUUGUGCCUCCCAAAAUAAAAUCGAAACUGCAGAAGAAAUCCUUCAUGACCUAAAGAAGGCGAAAAUAGAUCCUGACUGGAUGACAUGUAGUGCAUUGACCACUCUUUAUAUAAGAGGAAAAGAAUUUGAGAAGGCAACAUCUACUUUGAAGGAUAUGGAGAAGAAGGCUUCUCGGAAAAAUCGAGUUGCCUAUUCCUCCCUUCUCAGUUUGCAUACAAACAUGGGGGAUAAGGAUGGGGUUCAACGAAUCUGGAAGAAGAUGAAAUCAUGCUUCCGCAAAAUGAAUGAUGCUGAGUAUACAUGUAUGAUAUCUUCACUUGUGAAACUUGGGGAUUUUGAAGAAGCUGAGAUACUCUACAAUGAGUGGGAGUCUGUUUCUGGAAGUGCUGAUGCUAGAGUUCCAAACAUACUCCUUGCAGCUUACAUCAAUCAAGAACGGAUGGAAAUUGCUGAAGACUUUUAUGAGCGAAUAGUGCAGAAGGGUAUCUCCCCUUGUUACACUACUUGGGAACUGCUUACAUGGGGUUAUUUAAAGAAUCAGCGAAUUGAAAAAGUAUUGGAUUGUUUUGAGCGAGCUGUUGGUAGUGUGAGAAAAUGGAAUCCCAAUGACAGGUUGGUUGGAGAAGUAUUUAAGAAACUUGAGGAGCUAGGCAAUACUGAAGGGGUGGAGAAGUUGUUAGUUAUUCUUCGGAACGCUGGCCAUGUCAGUACGAAGGUGUAUAAUUCACUUCUACGAGCUUAUGCAAAAGCAGGUAAAAUGCCACUUAUAGUUGCUGAGAGGAUGCGGAAGGAUAAUGUACCACUGGAUGAGGAAACGCAUGAACUCAUAAACUUAACUAGCAAAAUGUGUGUCAGUGAAGUUUCAAGUAGUCUGUGAUGAGUGCAGGACAGAGUGAAAUUACUUUGAGAUAAAUGAAGAGUUGUUUUGACGGCUACAGUUGAGUACUAGCAGUGACUUUCAGCACGCUUAAUUUGAUUGUUUCUGUUGUGAAUGGACGGAAUGUUAUCAUGCUGAAACAAUUGCAGAAAUGAUGGAUCAUUCUGUCUGAAUUUCCUUGGCCAAAGAAAAAAAAAUUCAGCCAGAAUUUCCAUCUUUCAUAUUCAGUCUAUUAACUGCUAUUGUUAACAUGGAAGUUCUCUGUUAAUUGCUACUACCUGCUAUGUACAGUACAAAGAAAGCAAUGAAGAACGGCACCCUUUUUCGAGC